GCUCUCUCUCUCUGUCUCUCUCCGCGUAACGCCGCACUCGUCUCGUAGCAGCUUAGCACACAGAGCCGUCGUCGCGCACAGCUUUUCUCUUUAAUUUUCUCCUUUAUUUCCGCGAGCCCCGUGGAACACGACGAAGCGUCAUCUCCGCACGCGGGACUAAAGGAUAACAAUAAUCCGUCGAAAUGAGGAAUCUACUGCUGCUGCUGCUCAUCGCCCUGCCGGCUGUUAUCCUGACGACGAGCCCAGGAAGCGGACCAGUUGCGUACGCUCAGGAAGAUGACAAUGAUGACAUUGUUGAUGUCGAAGGAGAGGAAAGCAGCAUAGUUACGGAAGAGGAGCCUGAAGAAGAGAGUGUAACGGCAUCCAAAGAUGUUGAUACUACCAUCCUCUUUACGGAGCCAAUCCACAACUCGUUAUCGACCCUUGAACUGCCUGCUGGAAAGCCAGUUGAAUUCUUGAUUGGAUUCAUCAACAAGGGUGAGAUUGACUUUGUUGUGGAGACGGUCAAUACCUCCUUCCGUUACCCCAUGGACUUCAACUUCUACAUCCAGAACUUCUCCACCAUUGCUUACAACAAGAUUGUGAAGCCCAACCAUGAAGCUACGUUGGCUUACUCCUUUGUUCCCUCUGAAUCUUUUGCUGGAAGACCCUUUGGACUCAACAUCAACUUGAACUACAGAGAUGCUAACGGUCUGUCUUUCCACGAAGCUGUUUUCAAUGAAACCGUGCAAAUCAUUGAACUGGAUGAGGGUCUGGAUGGUGAAACUGUUUUCCUAUACAUAUUCUUGGCAGCUUGCGUUAUUCUGACCCUUGUUGGAGGACAGCAGCUUCUGUCUUCUUUCGGAAGAAGAUCCCGUUCUUCCUCUCGCAAGCAUACCGUUGAAGUAGGAACUUCCAACCCCAACAAUGUUGAUUAUGACUGGCUUCCCAGCGAGACUGUCCGCAUGCUCAACAAAUCUCCCAAAACUCCACAACAAAGUCCAAGGCAAAGGAAAGCCAAGAGGUCUGUUGGCUCUGAUGACUGAAUUUAAUUGUAAUUAUUUAUGUGGUUAAUUUAAAACAGCGAGGAGAUAAAUAAUAGGACGUACAAUACGUUUUUUGUAAUAAAAACUCGACUUUUUUACUCAAACGCAACAUGAAAUCUUUGCCAUUUUCACAUGUGCGUUGCAGUGUUUUAUUCUUAACCACACGCAACAACGCGCGUUAAUCGUGAACAAACUUUUUCUCACCUAGGUAAAGAAUUACUAUUAAACAUAAAGUACAACGUUUAUGGAGUUUCUAAUUAAUGAAUAAACUUUUUUACAAAUACUCUUUAAAGAACCAUGUACCAUUGUGAUAAAUGUUACACAAUAAUAAAGCGAACGAGUAUUUGCUUUAUUUAGGGUUUAUAAGGCGUGCCGCCAAAAUCAAAUUUGCAAAUAAUCGAGUUAAAAAGUGCUUAAAAUAAAAAAAAUGACAAACACAAAUUUAUUGCAUUACACCUGGUACAUUCCAUUCGGAAAGAAUUAAUGAAAAAUCGAAAAGGGGCUUCUUAUUCUUAAUUAUCUUGGUAUACAAAUAUUCAUCUUAUUAAUGUAAAUAUUUUGAGUGCUGAGUGAAAGUUAAUUAAUAAUAAUAUUUUGUUGAAUGAAUAUUAUAAACAUUUGUAAUAGGAAUUUAUUCUUAUCAUAAUAAAACAUGUUUUUAUAAAGGUA